AUGUCUCGCGUUCCGCGCGAAUCGAUAUUCACCGGCGGAAGCCAUGCAGUCAGGGAUUCUGGUGCCGUGUGCAGUCCAAGCUUAUUUGACUGUGUAAACAACCUCCGGGACGUAUGCACAGAGACGUACGACACGCAACAGCUCCUCCGGAAUGGCACGUUCGACCUCAAACGCAUGCAACGUGUUCUUGAGAGCCAACGGGUGUAUCUAUUCGUGAACGAGUCUAUGGUGAAGAAGUAUAAAGAAGAUCUAACGGAGGAGAUCGAGCCGCAAAUCCUAGAGCUCAUCGAGCGCGCAAAGAAAGGCCUCAAAGCGCUUGAGCGGAAACAGCACUCUUUGAAGACGAAGGUACGCUCAUAG